UAGUUACUUGUUACUCAUUUCUCGUUUCACAUUUUCUCAUUUCUCAUUUACGAUCGGCAACGGCAACGGCAAUCGCGAGAUCGCUUUCGCAUUUAGUAUCACAUGUGUACGAACGCGGACGCACGCUAGUAUUCGCUUUCGCUUUCUCGCUCCAUAGUCCAUCCGAUCUAACAGGUUCAGCGAUCAACUCGACCAACAUUCGGUUUCGCGUCACUGUUCGCAAUUCGCGCAUUCGCGAGAAAUACUCGUAAAGUCGUAAUCGCGAUCGAUUGAUUUUUAACUUUUGCUACUACAUAGUACGUCUACGUACAUACAAGCGUGUGUAGUGUACGCAUUACCUAUACGCAUUCGUGUGUUUGAAUCGAUGAACUUGUUGUUUGUUUUGCCGGCUUAUCUGUUUCAUUUUUUACGCCUGCGCGAGUCGAACUGGACAAAUGGUCGCGUGUACGAUUGCCUAUAGUGUCUGUGUAUAUGUCAUAAUCAGUGAUAUGUGAAAAAGUUUGCUUCGCUUUGUCGACAAUAGUUACCUAUAGACCUACUUAACUUUGAUAUUCGAUCGUCAGCAAUCAUCAUCUCCAUAUUUACGACAAUUGAUCAAGUUGAACUGGAUGUUGAACGAUACAGACGGCUUUUAAUGUUUUUUUAUUCCACCAACACCGAGCAUUGGACGGUCGCUACAGCUAUUUAGUAGCAUUUUCUGAAACGUAACACUAUAAACCCCGAGACCGACACAUAAGUAGAAGUACUCAUCAAUACCUUCUUAACGUAGCUGCAUCUGCACUACCUACACAGGUACUCGUAGGUAUCUGCUGUAUGCGUUUUGGACCAACACGUUAACAACAUGGAUGUGGAAUUCGAAGAUGUCACUUUCAAAGCCCGCGCAAACUUUUGGAAUCGAUCCGAAUCUAAAUGUAUAUUAAAAUCGGUGAGCGGUAAAUUUGAAGCCGGUCACAUGUCGGCGAUUAUGGGCCCAUCGGGUGCCGGAAAAAGUAGCCUGCUCAACGCAAUUUCCGGAUUCAGGUCGACGGGUGUAACAGCGAAAUCGCUCAAAGUUAACGGCCAAGUCAGAGAUGAAAAAUUAUUCCGCAAAUUGUCGUGUUACAUAACACAGGAAGAAGUACUGCAACCGAUGUUGUCGCUGCAAGAGGUCAUGAUGUUCGCCGCCGAUCUGAAACUUCCAUCCGGUACAUCGCUCAAACACAAAACACAACUGGUAAACGAAAUUCAAGAUUUGCUCGGUCUGAAAGUAUGUUGCCUCACGAGGACUGAAAUGUUAUCCGGAGGCCAAAAAAAAAGACUUUCCAUCGCUCUGGAAUUGAUUAAUAAUCCGCCGGUGAUUUUUCUCGACGAACCCACCAGCGGCUUGGAUAACGUUUCUACGACGUACACGUUAAAAUUACUGAGAAGAUUAGCUCACCAAGGACGUACUAUAGUUUGUACGAUACAUCAGCCGAGUGCCUCUUUAUUCCAGUUAUUCGACCAGGUUUACGUACUUUCCCGAGGACGCUGCGUUUAUCAAGGGGCCACCGACCAGCUUGUAUCGUUUUUGUCUUCAGUCGGAUUUCACUGUCCUACUCACUACAAUCCAGCAGAUUACGUUAUCGAGCUUACUGACGGCGAUCACGAAGAAAACAUAGACAUAUUAGCAGCCGCAACGCAUAAUGGCAAAUUAUCGCUUUAUAAAUCUGAUCCGCUCAAAGUUCCAUUCAUUCACCACCACAACAACAACAACAACAACAAUAACAAUAACAAUAGUAUACCACCGCUUAAUAACAAUACUGAAUUUGGCGACAAUUUCUACAGCGAAUUGGACUCGCUCGCGUAUGAGAAUAACAACAACAAUAACAAUAACAACUACAGCUACACUAAAGUUGAGGAUGAGGAUAGGAUAUCGAAUUCGUUAUUCGAAGAUCGUUUGCAAAGUGAGAAAGGAAGUGGCACCAACCUAUGCGUUGAUUUUCCCACAUCCGGAUUUUCACAGUUCUGCACGUUGUAUCGAAGGAUGACUUUACAAAUGUACAGAAAUAAGAUAGCCCUGAAUAUACAGUUUUAUCAUCAUCUGUUAUGCGCCAUCGCGGUUGGCGUGGUGUACUUUGAUAAAGCCAAAGACGGCGAAGAGUUUUUCAAUCAUCUGAAAUUUUGUUUGGGCGUCGUACUGUUUCAUACGUUCACUUAUUGCAUGAUUCCAGUCAUCACAUUUCCUUUCGAAAUCAAAUUAUUGAAAAGAGAAUAUUUCAACCGUUGGUACAGUUUGAGGCCAUAUUACAUCGCGAUGCAGCUUGCAAGAUUACCAACUAUGAUUUUUUUCAGCAUGAUUUUCUUGACGGUGGCGUAUUUCAUGACUGGUUUACCAAUAGAAACGUACCGAUUUUUCGUCUUCUGCGUUAUAGGCGUUAUAGUAUCGUUGACCGCUGAAGGAAUGGGCAUGUUCAUAGGAUCUAUAUUCAGCGUAACGAACGGAAGCGCUGUGGCCCCUCUAACUUUGGCUCCAUUCCUCGGAUUGGCUACAUACGGCUUUGAUUUCGCCAAAGAAAUACCUUGGUACAUAUCAAUUUUGAUGAAGAUGAGCUUUUUACGAAGUGGAACUGUCGGUAUUGUUAUAACCGUCUUCGGCAUGGGACGCAAAAAACUAGAUUGUUACCAAUUAUACUGUCACUUCGCCGAUCCCAAAGUCUUACUGCAAUAUUUGGAUAUACAAGAUACUUCAGUUUGGUCUCAAGUCUCAUAUCUAGUGGCUAUUUUGAUUAGCUUCAGAGUUUCCAUGUACAUCGCUCUCAGAUGGAAAUUGAGCAUGUAAGCAAUCCUUCAUCCAUCAUAAGACGUACGAGAAGGAGAAGCUAAUCGUCCCAUUGCAAUACUUUUUAUGUAUGUGAAUUGUGAUGCAAUAUUUCGCCAUUUUUCCUCGUAAUUUAUACCCUAUUUAUUUAUUUAUUUAUUUAUUCAUUCAUUUGUUUGUUUGUUUAUUUAUUUAUUAAUUUAUUAAUUUAUUGACGUAUGUUCGUUGUAGCGAUGCGAGUUACCUAAUUGUUCAAAUUUAUUUAUGCAUAGAUACGGUACAUAAAUGUAUGUACUGUAUAGGUAUUCGUGUUGAACUUUUUUUUUUUUAGAUUUAAGUAAACGUAGAUUAUUUUUGUUGUUACUAAAAAGUACGCAUAAUGACAUCAAAAAAUGAGUUGUCGGAUAUAGAUCAGUCAAUUCAUCAAACUUGCUUAUCUGUUCAGUCUUCGCAACAGCGCAUUUGUAUCGUGAACAUGCGAGGGGGAGAGGAAGCCACCAUUCGAUCGUUUCUUCUUCGCAUGCUCUCUCUCAUAUUUCUCAAAUAAGUAGGUAUUCACUUACUCGAAAUUAUUUCCGACUGCUGUUCUCAAAGAGUCAUUCGAAAAAAUUGUGAAAAAAUUCCCCAAAAAAAUUAGGUACUCCUACGAGUACAAGUACACCUAUGUAAUCCGUACGCAGUCAAGUAGUACCUAUCAACUUGUUGGGUACCUCUACCUAGUCUACCUACUCAUUUACGCUUAAUUAUCGAAGACGAAGAGUGAUGGUUUUAAAAAUGUUGCAUUUCCUUCUUAAUUCUUAGAAAUUAUUGCAGUACCUAUACUACCUACGUACUGUUUCUUUUGUAGGCGUUACAUACGGUAUUUGUAUUAGUAUUACGGAUGCAUUAUUUAUUAUUCAUUGUCUCAUUGAUUGAUUUUAAUGAAUGGAACGAUUCCAUCAUCAGGUACUGUAUUUUUGAUAUUAUUGAUCAAAAUGUUUCGUUUUUAAUGAGAUAUUUAGCGCAGCUGUGUUUACUAGUUUUGGAAUUUAUUGUACUAGAUAUUCGUAAGCGAUGUUAUUUUUAGCCUAAUUGUAUUAAAUAUAAGUACCUAAGUACCUAUAAAACGAGCCGCGUUCUUGCGUUAGUCGAUUUUUAAUACCUAAUUUAUUACGUUUUCUUUUUUAUACGACUAUUACUUACUUAAUAGUACACGCAUAUACCUACUUUAAGAAGGUAUCACGAAGAAAAUCAAAAUUUCGUUACCAUAAAUUGUAUUGUAUCAACCAUAAAAUGAAUUGCAUUUUAUAAA